AUGGAAACCCUUAUGCUGAGAGCUGAUAUACAAGAAGACCAAGAAGCAACAAUGGCCAGAUUCAUGGGUGGUCUAAACAGAGAUAUCAUGGACAGACUUGAAGUUCAUCACUAUGUUGAGAUGGAAGAGCUUCUGCACAAGGCAAUUAUGUUUGAACAGCAGUUGAAAAGAAGAAGUUACAAGUCUAGCUAUGGAGCCAGCAAACCACACUACCAGAAGGACGAAAAGACCAGAGAAUCCAGACCAUUCUCCAAGCCUAAAGUGGAGGAACAAAGUGUUAAAGGAAAGGAAGUAGCCACUGCAUCCAAAUCCAGAGACAUACAGUGCUACAAGUGUAAAGGAUAUGGACACUAUGCCAGUAGCUGCUCCAACAAAAGGGUAAUACUCAUCAGAGAAAAUGGUGACAUUGAAUCCGAGGAAGAGGUAUCUGAGUCUGAAGAAGAAAGGGUGGAAAUGCCAACUCGUGGAGAGUUACUUGUUACUAGAAGAACACUGAAUCUUCAAGCCAAGACUGAUGGAGAUGAGCAGAGAGAGAAUCUGUUUCACACUCGCUGUAUGGUCAUAAAAAGACCAACAGCUUACAAGUUACAAUGGCUUAAUGAUGAAGGAGAGCUAGAGGUGAAGCACCAAGUUAAGGUACCAUUGUCUAUUGGGAAGUAUGAGGAAGAGAUAUUGUGUGAUGUCUUACCAAUGGAUGCUGGACACAUACUGCUUGGAAGACCUUGGCAAUCCGACAGAAGAACACUUCAUGAUGGGUUCACAAACAGAUACUCAUUUGAGUACAAGGGAAGAAGACUCAAGAACUUGGAUGAGCAUGUUGAGCAUCUUAGAAAGGUUGAUGAAGAAAAGAUCAAAGCUAUCAAGGAAUGGCCAAGCCCAAAGACAGUUGGUGAAGUGAGAAGCUUCCAUGGUCUAGCCGGAUUCUACAGAAAAUUUGUCAAGGAUUUUAGUACUGUGGCUGCACCACUGACUGAAGUAAUCAAGAAAACGUUGGGUUCAAAAUGUGAUGCUUCUGGUGUUGGUGUAGGUGCUGUGCUUAUGCAGGAAAAGAAACCUAUAGCUUUCUUUAGUGAAAAGCUUGGAGGGGCUACUCUGAACUAUCCAACGUAUGACAAAGAGCUCUAUGCGCUUGUGAGGGCUUUGCAAACAUGGCAACACUAUCUCUGGCCUAAGGAGUUCGUCAUCCACACUGAUCAUGAGUCUCUAAAGCAUCUCAAGGGACAACAGAAACUGAACAAGAGACAUGCUAGAUGGAUUGAAUUCAUUGAAACCUUUCCUAUACUAUGUGUGCCUAACUCUUCUUUGAGAGAUUUGUUUGUCAAGGAAGCUCACGCAGGUGGACUUGGAGGACAUUUUGGCGUGGCUAAGACACUGAACGCUAAGUCCAAAGUCCAAAACCACGGUCUGUAUACUCCUUUACCCAUUCCUUUGCAUCCAUGGCAUGACAUUUCAAUGGAUUUUGUUGUUGGAUUACCUAGGACUAAGACUGGAAAGGAUUCUGUGUUUGUAGUCGUUGAUAGGCAUUCUGCAUCUAAGUUCUCUCCAUUUGAAAUUGUCUAUGGUUUCAAUCCUUUAUCACCUUUGGAUCUAAUGCCUUUACCUUUGAGUGAAAGAGUUAGUUUGGAUGGACAAAAGAAAGCUGAACUUGUUAAGCAGAUACAUUGA